GGAUCGGUAUUCAACAUGAAAACGAAAGGAGGAAUGAUGUCGUGUACUUCACAUGUGGUGUUUUUGUGUUUGUGUUUGAUUGUAACGAGCUUCUGUGCCGAAGAAAAAGGAGCUGAGAGUGAGAAAUGGAAGAAAAAAGAUAUUCGGGAUUACUCAGAGGCUGAUUUAGAACGUUUAUUUGACCAAUGGGAGGAAAAUGAUGAUGAAGAAUUACCAGAGGAUGAGCUGCCUGAGUGGAAAAAGGAGCCCCCAAAAGUGGACCUCUCCCAGCUCGACCCCAACAACCCAGAACUGAUGCUGCAAGCCUCAAAGAAAGGACGCACUCUCAUGAUGUUUGCAACUGUAUCAGGUGACCCAACAGAGAAAGAAACAGAACAAAUUACACAGUUAUGGCAGACAAGUUUAUUCAAUGCUAAUUAUGAAGUGCAAAGGUAUGUUGUUAGCAGUAACAGAGUAAUAUUUAUGAUAAAGGAUGGCUCCAAGGCCUGGGAGAUUAAAGAUUUCCUUAUUACACAGGACAGAUGUGAGGAGGUCACGAUCGAGGGAAAAAACUACCCAGGGGCAGCAGCUAAGAGUAAAGACUCUAAAAAAUCCACAAAAAAAGAGGACAGAAAGGAAGACAAGCAUGAGGACAAUGUAUCCAGUAAAAAGUCUGAGACUCAGAAAAGAGAGCAGUCAAAGAAUGAUAUACGAAAAACAGACGAGUUAUGAACAAAGAAGGAACACAUAAAACAGAGCUUUUUCAGCGACAAUGUGGUGUUCAGUGACUAUAAAAGAUCGGAUAUACUGUACAUGACAGAGCAGACAGUUAAAUACUCAGAAUUCUGUACAAGUACUGUCAUUUCAGUAUUCUUGUCAUUUGUGGAAAAAAGUCACUUUUCGUUUGUUCAUUUAUACAAGGGUUGUCCGGUAAAAUCGUGGGCAAGUUGUCCAUAUUGAAAAAUAAUCAUCACUGCAUUAUAAAACUUUCACUACUUUUUAGUACAUUUUUCAUCAAUAUACAUAGCAAAUUUCAAAUAGAUAUCUGCUCAAAUGAACAAAAUAUGAGACUUCAUGUUAUGUAUGGUAUCGUCUUACGGCGCACGGAUGAUAACGUCAAAGUCUCUAAAGCAGCGUCACGUUUCCUCUUUGCUAAAUAUAUAAAAGUUGGAUAAGCCCUACUUAAAUUCGGUCAUUUCAUUGAUGCGUAUACUUGAUUUUCCCUUUAUUCCUCCAUAAACAGUGGAGGAACCAAUCUCGAACACACCUGGGACCUUCUGAAGAUUUAUUCGUAAGUUAUGGACAGUGCUCUCACUAUCAUUCAACAAUACAGGCUCCCCUAUAUCGACGGUCUACAGUGACAGCGUCUUUUGCUAUUGCCAGUAGCUGUUUGUUCGUAUGUUUUGUUCUACCCGGGGACCCGAUCAAAAAACUCCCGCUUAGAAAACUCCCAUUUCACUUGUAUACUAAAGAUCUAGUGAUAUUUUUAUACUUUUUUUUCUUCUGUAGUCAUUUAAAGUUUCUUAGUGCGUCAUUACUACAUCUAAAUCAAACUGAACUGCUCUCCGGUGCGCCGUAACGUCACCAAACAUCGCCAUUUUUCGUGUGUUGUGUUUACCACUUUCCCAUUUCAAAUGCUCAGGAAACUGCCAAAAAUUAAGCAAAUGCCUUGAUAUUUUAUAAAAGA